CUUCUUGGGCCCCCUCCCUCUCGUCCAGCGUAGUUUUUGUUAUCGCUGAGCUCUCUCCCUGCCGUAUACACUACCCAUAAAGCAAUCCGAAGUUGCAGUAUCUAAGUUUGUUCUGGGCAAUUUUUUAGCGAUUUCAAAGGAGCGUCGAGCGUCUUUGGGAAAACGGUCUCUUUUUAAAGUCUUCAGCGGCGCGGCAUCCAGCUGUUUACCGCAUAAAUACAAAUGACACUUCAAAAAUAAGGAUGAGGUCAUUGUGGAGCUGUGUUUUCCUGUUUCUCUUGGGCUGUGUGUGGAACCUUACGCUGUGUGUGGAUCCCAGAGAUCCCAACGUGUGCAUUUUAUGGGAAAGCUUUACGACAUCAGUAAAGGAGUCGUAUGCUCAGCCAUUCGAGCAGGUGUUCGAAGAGCUCUGCUCUGAACCCUGGAGCUCCAACAAGUGUAUGCGACACAGGAUCACAUAUAAGACAGCCUAUCGCCAAUCGGUGAAAAUGGACUACCGCAAGAGGUACCAAUGCUGCCCGGGAUUCUAUGAGAGCAGAAACAAAUGUGUCUCACGCUGCACCAGAGAGUGUGUUCACGGACGCUGUGUUGCCCCGGACCGCUGUCAGUGUGAAGGUGGCUGGAGGGGUGAUGACUGCUCCAGUGCGUGCGAUGCACUCCACUGGGGUUCCGACUGCAGCAAACGGUGCCAGUGUCAGAACGGAGGGCAGUGUGAUGCCCUCACUGGCUCCUGCCUCUGUGCCCCUGGCUACAAAGGUGCCCACUGCCAGGACCCAUGCCCCAAGGGAUUCUAUGGGCAGAGCUGCCUGCAACGGUGUCAGUGUGGAACGGGCGGCUCCUGCAAUAAAACUACAGGGGAGUGUGUGUGCAGAGAAGGUGUCAGUGGCACACUAUGUGACACGCCCUGUGUGAGGGCCGGCCGAUGCCCGCCACGCUGCUCAUGCCAGAAUGGUGGUAUUUGCCAGGGCAAAGGAGUGUGUGUGUGCCCACCUGGAUGGAUGGGACCGGUGUGCACAGAACGCUGUGCUGAGGGGUGGUUCGGGGCCAACUGUUCUUGGGAGUGUCUGUGCCAUAAUGGGGGUCACUGCGACCCAGAGACAGGCCAGUGUCGGUGCGCUGCUGGUUACACUGGCGAAAGGUGCAACGAGGAGUGCACCGUCGGCCGCUACGGUGUGGACUGUAAGGGGGUGUGCGACUGCACUAAUGGGGCACGCUGCUUCCACAUUGACGGCGGGUGCUUGUGUGAGGCAGGGUUCAGCGGGAGGCAGUGCUCCCACAGGCUGUGCGCUGAUGGGACCUACGGCAUGCACUGUGAACACACCUGCCACUGCAGCCCCCAGCACACCCUCAGUUGUCACCCGUUGAAGGGAGAGUGCACGUGCCAGCCUGGGUGGGCAGGGCUCUUCUGUAACGAGACCUGUGCUCAUGGUUUCUAUGGUCAUGGUUGCCUGGAGCCCUGCCUGUGCGUGAACGGUGGCGCCUGUGACGUGGUCAGCGGCCUGUGUCAUUGUGCCCCAGGCUACACAGGAUCGCACUGUGAAAACCGCUGUGAGUCGGGCUUCUAUGGAAAAGACUGCUCCUCUGCGUGUGCCUGCUUAAACGCCAUCGCUUGCUCUCCUAUAGAUGGAACAUGCUUCUGCAAAGAGGGAUGGAGGAGUCCUGAUUGCUCUGUCGCAUGUUCAGAGGGGACAUGGGGUCCAGGCUGCAAUGCCUCAUGCCAGUGCGCCAACGGGGGCCGAUGCCACCCCUCCGACGGCUCGUGCACGUGCACGGCGGGGUGGAGAGGAGCGCUCUGUGUCGAGCCGUGCCCGGUCGGCACCUUCGGCCCAGGCUGCCAGUACAAAUGCGACUGUCUCCAUGACGAAGGUUGCCACAGCAUCACGGGGCAGUGCCUGUGUCUACCUGGAUGGACAGGUCCGCGCUGUACAGAGCAGUGUCCUCAGGGCUCAUGGGGCCAUCAGUGUAACCAGAGCUGCACCUGCCUCAACAGCGCCUCCUGUCUGCCGCAGAGUGGCACCUGCCUGUGCAAGCCAGGCUACUGGGGAGCUCAGUGCCAGCAUGCGUGUACUCGGGGAACGUAUGGAGAGAAGUGCAGUCAGGCCUGCCGCCCCUGUGCCCACUCCACAUUCUGCCACCACAUCACAGGCCAGUGUCUGUGCCUCCCUGGCUAUACAGGACCACUGUGUGACCAAGUCUGUCCAGUUGGCCAUUAUGGAAACCAGUGUAGUGGCACUUGUAGGUGUACCAACAACGCAACAUGCCAUCACCAGGAUGGCUCGUGCCACUGUGUCCCCGGCUGGAUGGGAGCAGACUGCUCUAUGGUGUGUAAAUCAGGUACAUUUGGAACCAACUGUGCUCAGACCUGUUCAUGCGGCCCAAACCACUUUUGUGACCCUCACAGUGGGGCCUGCGUAUGUGAGCCUGGAGCAGGCGUGGACUGCACACACGAGCGGGGGGUGAGCGAGAUGGUGCCCGUGUCCCCGGUGGAGAGGGACUCGUGGGGGGCCAUCUCGGGCAUCGUGGUGCUAGUCCUCCUGGUGGUGUUGCUGCUGGCCCUGCUGCUCCUGUACCGGCACCGACAAAAGGAGAAGCAGAACAACGCCCCCACCGUCUCCUUCUCGUCCAGCCGCACUGUCAACUCCGAGUACGCCGUCCCAGAUGUUCCCCACAGCUAUCAUCACUACUACUCCAACCCCAGCUAUCACACACUGUCCCAGAACAGACCUCCAUUACCCCACAGCCCUAACAACCAGGACCGCGUCGUCAAGAACACCAAUGAGCAGCUGUUCUGCAGUCUGAAAAACAUGGAGCGGGAAAGAAGAGGCCUGUUCAGCAUGGAAACCAACGCCACGUUACCUGCUGACUGGAAACAUCAAGAACCCCCUAAAGACCAAGGAGCCUUCGGCAUGGAUCGCAGCUAUAGCUACAGUUCCAGCCUGGGGAAGUACUACAACAAACAGCUGAAGGACGCGUGUCCAGCGGUGAGCAGCAGUUCUCUGAACAGCGAGAACCCGUACGCCACCAUUAAAGACCUCCCUGGCCUCCCGCCAUGCCCUCCCGAGAGCAGCUACAUGGAGAUGAAGUCAGCCGUGCCCCGAGUGCCGUCCUACACCCAUCCGGGUCCUGCCGCCGCCCCCUCCACUAGCCUGUCCUGCAGAGAGCAAUGUCCCCUUAGAAAUGUUCUGGAACAAGAGCAUCAGAGCCAUUAUGACUUGCCAGUCAACAGCCACAUCCUAGGACAUUACGAUCUGCCACCAGUGCGCAGGCCGCCCUCCCCGUCGCCACGGAGACUGCCCUGCUGACCUCAGGUGCCGACAAGCAGACCGACUCCGUAAAAGCACAGCCGCUCCCGUGAGCACCAGCAUUCUCGCCACCUGGGGAAACCAAUGUUGACCACCACUUGGACAGCGGUUCCAAAACAGGACACAGUGUGGAGAACUAGCUACACAGGACCUAGUGAAAACAAGGACAUAUUUUCCAUGUGUUGGUGGAAUGUUUGCUUAUUAUCUAAGACCAGUAUUCUGAAAAGCUGGAUUUGGGUAAAGAGAGAACUGGGUCUUUUACAGCCCAGAUAGGAAGCUUAAUUCCAGAGCCUUUUAAACAUGCCUCAAAAAUAAUAAAUAAAUAAAUAAACUGGCCCGCACUGUAAAAGCACAACACUGCCCUCUGCUGGACAUUUACAAUUUUAUGACUAAAUGAAUGAACAAUUUAUCAUCUUCAACCAACCAAGCAAGCAUUUAUCCAGAACAAAUUUUUGAACACUUUCUAUAUUGACAUUGAAAAGCAUGACUUCAUAUUGUUUGAAAACUAGUAACUCUCAAAUAAAACAAUAUCAUGAGGUAAAUACUGCAUUGUCAUCACCGCUACAUAACCGCUUUGGAUGUCUUUGUAAAGAUUUACAAAGACAUUUUGUAAUGCAUUUACAGUAGAGUCUUUGCUUUGAAUGUAAGUUGAAUGUAAGCCAUCAUGAACUGUAAAUAUUGUAAAUAAAUUGAAUGAGAUUUUA